GCACACUUUUCGAUAGGCAAGCUUCUGCGUAACACUGCACCGUACGUCUUUGUUUAGUUCAACUACACGUCCAGUCGAAAAAUAUGGCAGCGUUUCUAAGGCAUGGCGUUUUCAAAACACAAGUUAUAUCUUCAAAAAACGUCCUUUUGAGGUCGUAUGCCACGAAAGCUGAGAAAAGGAAAGGAAUCGACAGAAAGGUUGGCCCAAAAAUAAAUUCUACAGCUCAAUCUUUAUCCUCGAAAGGAUUCCUGCGACCACAAAAAGAAUACAUUCCACCAAAAGACGUCGAUUCGAAAUUAGAAUACGUCUUUAAAUCGGUUAUUGGUAGUACAGAAGAUAAUAAAUUAGUAACGGACUUGAACGAAAGAUUCAAUUUAUUUUUGAAAUGCGAGGAAGCAUUAGGACACGGUGUUCCCAAUUCCUUAUUACAUCACAUGAAAACUCUAGGGGAUGUUAAGUGCUUUUACAAAACUCCUGUGGAUAUUAGGACGCCCCUAGAUAAAAUGAAAACGAUGGAUUUGCCCGAUAAUUUGCACGUGCAAUACGAAUACCACAGAUUCCAUCCCGAUACUGAUACAAAGUUUGGAGGAAGGACAGCUUUUCCGAAUAGUUCUACCAUCGUGACUGGAUUAAAAUAUAAAAAUAAAUAUCCAGGACACAACCAACCACCUCCUGAUCAAUAAUUGUAUUAAUAAAUAGUUUUCUUUAAUCUAGAGACUUAUCAUUUCUACCUUUAUUCUUAAAAAACUCGGAACUUAUACCGACUUCAAACAAUUUUGUUGAUAAUAGUAAAUGCCCAUAAGCAAUUUUAAAUUUAACGUUUUCAUGGUUUAUGUAAUAAAAUAAGACUUUUUGGUUGAAUAUAUUGUUGAAGAAACGUACUAUUUAAGAGGUUUUCAUUGGUUUUUCCCCAGGUGAGUUAAUUUAACAUAUUAAUUCUGCUUUAAAACUUGUUAAGGUUAUGUCAUUACAGUUCAAAGCAUCCAUGUAAGUUUUUUCGGUUCCCAAAAAACAAGACCGAGAGGAAUAGAUGGAUUUCUCUCAUAAGGUAAAAGAAUAACAUUCACUUUUCAAAGAUUUAUGUUUUAAAUUUAUUUAUUUAUAGAAGAAAAUAUACAGAUCCAAG